GGAGGAACCACCACCCAAAAUCCCUGCAUUCGCUUCCGCCAAGCAAAACCAGCAAGCACAGCAGCCGCCCUGAACUGAAAGUACUCGAGACACUUAAACAAACAAGUGCAGGCGAAUCUCACCCUUAGAGCCAUCUUGCCACCAAACCCACCAUUACCUGUGCGUUUUACCUUCGAUUAACCAUAAAAGGUUAUCAGAUCACAACACAAGGGAUAUCCACCCCCCUUUCAUACUAAUGUAACUGUCAAUCACCCUAAGGCGGAUAUAUGAAACAAUAAUAUAAAUUAAUUAUUACGAAAUCGCAAGGGCAUAUCGCCCUGACUUGAGUGUGAGGGCGCAGGGAACAUGGCUGCUGUGGUGAGGUCGCGGAUCUUCUUUUCCUGUGUUGUGCGCUUCUCCGACCGUGAAUCUAUUGCCUGAAUUUGCCAGCAAGCAGAUAAAUAUGGCUGACCCCGAAGAAUCUGCCGGAGCUGAUGAUGAUAUUGCUCUCGGUGACCUCACUGAGCAGACAAACACGUCCUGUAAUAGUGAUGCUCAGGAUCCAGAAGUUUUGCUUGAGUCAUUCCGCAAGGCAUGGCAGAGAGAACUGGAGGAGAGCGGGGGCAAAGGUCUGCAGCAGGCCUUGGCAAAGCCAUCCCCCACUGGAGGGCCCGCCAUAGGACCUCCAGGAAGACCUCAAGUGGCACAGAAGCCUCCAAGACCACAGAAACCUGUUACCCCAGUCCAUGGAAACUCUGGGCUCCUGCAAGGGACACUUGGCAAAGGUGAAGGAGGAGGAGAAGGAGGAGGAGAAGGAGGGGGAGGAGGAGGAGGAGGAGGAGGUGAAGAAGGAGGAGGAGGAGGAGGAGGAGGAGGAGGCGGCAGUGGAGAGGUAGAGGGAAGUGAGGUCAGUGUUAGUGAGAAUAACAAUAGCAGUAUGGGAAACAGUCAUGACACAAGCAACGGCACUUUGAAUGCUCCUGAAGGUCCAAAAGAAGACACCAGGUCAGAUGUGGAGAUUAAGGCUACAGAACUGUUCAACAAAGCAGUUGAGCUUGAGCAGAGUGGAUGUUUGUAUGAAGCCAUCCAGUUCUACAGGCGAGCCAUGACGCUUGUGCCUGACAUAGAGUUUAGGGCACACCGCCACAACAUGCUAGAGAGGCCAGAGGGCAUCCGUUGCAUUUGCUCUGAGACUGAGGGAGAGGAGACUGGUAAUGAAGAUGUUUUGGAUGAAGAAGACCUGCAGGAUCUCACUGCCCGCUUCCAGUUGCUCAUGGCUCCAGCACAGGCUAUGUGUUCCCCGCAGUUUGAGCAAGAGGCCGCACACAUUUCAUGCCUGCCACCAGAAAUGUUAGAACGCAUAAUGAGAUGGGUUGUUGGUAACGACUUGGACAUUCGCUCCCUGGAACAGGUGUCUCGUGUGUGUCAGGGAUUCUACCUUAUAGCUAGGAAUCCUGAGAUCUGGCACAAAGCUUGCGUCAAGAUCUGGGGAAUCAACACAGGCACCCCAGGAGUAUAUGGAUCUUGGAGGCAGAUGUUCAUACACAGGCCUCAUCCACGGUUCAAUGGUUGUUACAUCUCCCGGACAACCUAUUUCCGUUGUGGUGCAAGCAACUUUCGGGAUGCAAAUUAUCAGCCCUGGCAUGUGGUCCAGUACUAUCGAUAUGUGAGGUUCUUCCCUGAUGGGUCUGUGAGCAUGUUGACUACUCCAGAUGAACCAGUGUCUGUUGUCUCACACUUACGAACAAAAGAACCAAGGAACUUACAGGUUGUGAAAGGCGUGUACCGUUUCCAUGGACCCAAUGUAUCCCUUGUGUUGAGGCGGCAGUCUCGGGAGAUGCGCAACCGCAGAAAGGGCCGGAGGCACCUGGGAGGAACCACUGACGUUGCAGAAACCACCUUUCAGAUUGAGUUUGAAAUAAGACCUGUCAAACAUAGGGCUCACUGGCAGCUUGUAUGGCGCAACUACACAAUAACAUCAACGUUCUAUGAUGGUAAACAGAACACAUCUCAAAUUGAGGUCAAUGACACCAACAAUUUUCCACCUUUAGCCUUCUCACGUGUGAAGAGCUAUACCACGGAUAGUGAAAAGCCUCUCAUGUGAGGUGGAUUUAAGAAUUAUUGAAGUUAGUUUUCCAUUCUUACAAAAUUCAUAUUAUCCUGAUGUAGAGACUACAUAAAAUAUGUGAUUUUUACCAAUAGGCAAAAAAAAAAAAAAAAUAGGCAAGAAAAUAUAAGAAUGAUGAGGAUUUUUGUUUUAGAAGAAAUCAAGGAUAUUUCUUAUUUCUAAAAGAAGAAAACUGAUUUUCAUUUAAAAAAAAAAAAAAAAAAAUGGUAUGCACACACACACACACACACACACACACACACACACACACACACACACACACACACACACACACACACACACACACACACACACACACACACAAAAAAAAAAAAAAUGGGGAUACAGAGGAUUUAUUUGAUUUUGAAUGUUGAUACAAGAAAACAAAUGUUGAGGGAUUAGAUAAUAAAAUAAAGAUCAGAGAAAAACAAAGUAGGAAUUAGUGAAUGAAUAAGUGAGUGUGUAUGUAUGUUGCUUCUGCUUCUGCUUUUAUGGGGGGAGGACACACGAGCAUGUAUAUACACAAAUUAUAGACAAGGAAAGAAUAUGAAAUGAAGUUGGAUAUGUAGGAAGGUUGGUCUUUAAAUAGAAGAGCAUGGGAUACUAUAGUGUCUGAAGAAGGCUUUUAUUUGCAUUAAGUGUGGUUUUGACCACUUCUUUUUUUAAUGAAGAAGUAUGAUGGUGAAUGUAUUAGAGAAAGAGAAAGAUUGAGAGUAAGUAAACUAGAGUUUGUCAGUAUGCCUCUGUAUUACCUCUCAUUUUCACAAUACAUGCCCCACAACCCAUAAAGAGAGGAAUUAAGGUUUACUUAAAUCGUAAAAGUUCACAUUAUUCUGUCUCUUGUCAUUUCUGUGAUUUAAGCCAUAUGUUAUGGGGAAAAAAGAAAAAAAAAAAUGUUGAUUUGUUAUGAUUUGAAGAGAAUAAUUUGUUUUGCAAGUUUGGAUUUUUGUUGUGCAAAUAUAGAAGAUCAACAUUUGUAUGGAAUGUUAUUUUGUACCAUUGGAAAAAAAGUUAUUGUUCCUUGAUAGCCAAUAUAAUUGCCUUGUAUUGUAAGUUGGAUUCCGAGUAUGAAUUUUAUAUAUAAGGGUAUUUCUGUUUUAUCCUCAAGAAGAAGAAAAAUCAUUAGUAAUGCUGAAUUAGUUAUGAUGGAGCAUAACAUUUUAUAUGUAAUAGAAUGAGUAAUUCAGUUUUCCCCCAUCUUUUUUUGCAUUCUCUUUUUUUCCUCUUCUUGAUUUGCAGUUGUUUAACAGCCAAGGCUCAAGCUGUCUUUUAUUGAUUCUCAAAAUUAAGUAGAUCUCAAACUUUAUGAUUUAGCAUCACGUGCAAGCAGUCCUUUAUUUGACAGCAUCAAUAAGCCUUUGCUCUCCUUCACAUUAUUAAGGUUGACGGUUGUACAGAAGUCUCCUUCUGUGAUUCUGUAACCCCUGUAAUGUUUCUGUAAUCAACACUUCUAUGGUUAAUGAAUUGCAAGUGAUUGUAGGUCUCACUGACUGUGAACUGGUACAAAUUAUUGUGCAGCAUUUCAUUUGCCAUGGUUGAAGUUUGUGUGCAUCUUUUGUUACUGUGUGAAGUUGAUGUUGGUGAUGAACUCUUCAUAUAACAAUAGUAACCCUAUAAACUUGAGAUUUUUGUAGUAUGUGUAGUAUCAGUCACAAAGUAAUGAUGUCAUCAGUAGAUUAGUGGUGGGGUUUUCGUUGAGGCACUGUAUUUGUUUCCUUCUCUUUGUACCCCUUUUAUUGUUCACUAGAAGCAGCAUAAAAGGAAAAAAAAAGGAAAUGUCAGUACUUUAAAAAGUAUUUCAUUUUCCUAUAUCUUUCCUCUUCUUUUUUUCUUUUCUUUUCUUUUUUCAUUGCUUCUUCCUAACCACUCCUUUGGAAGAAACUUCACACUGAAUACGAUGCUUAAUAACGGAGUGAGAUGCAGAGUUUGUCAAGUUUUCAUAUAUUCCCCACACAGUUUUGUAUUUUGCUGCACAAGCUUACUAUGAACAUCAUAUCUAUGCACAUAAGUUCAACUCACAUUGACUACUUUAUGUCUUAUACUAUGUAGCGAGAGAACAGGCAAAAAGGCAUUCUUCAAGAAGAGGAAUUUUUUACCUUAACCCAAGAAAAUAAACAAAUAUAUUUUGAGUUUUACUAAAAGUGUGUAGUUUAGGUAUGUAUCUGGGAGAACACAAUUGUGUAAUGUAUAUGAGUUUUCUUUAGUUGUCUACAGUAAAUGUGAUAUGUACAUUUAAAUUACUCCUCCAAAAGGUUGUCUUAAGAAAUAAUCUGAAGGAUUUAACUAUUUUUCUGAUGCAAAUGUUUGUUUUGUUUCAAUAAUUGUAUAUGGAAUAUGAGCAUUUUAUUAUGUACUUGUACAAAUUGGAAUGUUGAUUAUUGUUGGAAAAUAAAUAUUAGAUCUUA